GCAUUUGUAAGAAGAAUUGAUCUGGCUACAUGGAAGCCUACACUAUCCGAAAGUACUACCAAUAGCGUGAGAAAAAGGUGAGACUUAUUUUUCCUUUUCCAUGGAAACUUCCACAUUCAUGCACCACAUCUCCUCUGCUCAUGACAGAAAAUGGAUGCGCUGCGCCUUUAAGAAAGCGAGGAAUCCGUUAGAUGCUGUGUUUUGAUCUCCGCUCACACACACACGCUCCCUCAGUCAGUGUAUAAGGCAGCUGAAUGAGCCAGAAGAUACAGAUCAGACUUUAUACUGCUGCUGAUGACAGUGACACUGGAUGUGCAUUCCUAAAAUCUGAACUGCAUUUCUUUUUGUAAGAUAAACAGAACGGAUCAUGCCCUCUAGAUAACAGGCACGGCAGUGAGGAUGCCCUCCCGAAAGCGGACGCGCCCCACUCUGGGGUUCCUGUGCUGCUUCGGCAGCAGUGAGCACCCCGAGAUCAACCUGAAGGACACGGUGCCCCUGCAGUUCCUGGAGUUCAGCGUGCCCAUGCCACCCGCCGAGGAGCUGCAUGCCCGCUUCUCAGAACUCGUGGAUGAGUUGGAUCUCACUGAUAAGAACCGGGAGGCGAUGUUCGCCCUGCCAGAUGAGAAGAAAUGGCAGAUCUACUGCAGCAAGAAGAAGGAGCAGGAGGACCCCAAUAAACUGGCUACCAGCUGGCCAGACUAUUAUAUAGACCGCAUCAACUCCAUGGCUGCUAUGCAAACUCUUUUUGCCUUCGAUGAAGAGGAGAUGGAGAUGCGGAACAAAGUGGUGGAGGAUCUGAAAACAGCCCUGCGGACUCAGCCAAUGAGGUUUGUGACGCGCUUCAUCGAGCUGGAUGGGCUCACUUGCUUGCUCAACUUCCUGAAGAGCAUGGACUACCAGACGUCGGAGAGCCGCAUUCACACCUCGCUCAUCGGCUGCAUCAAGGCUCUGAUGAACAACUCGCAGGGGCGCUCACACGUCCUGGCGCACCCAGAGAGCAUCAACAUCAUCUCCCAGAGCCUGCGGCAGGACAACAUCAAGACCAAGGUGGCCAUGCUGGAGAUCCUGGGUGCUGUCUGCCUGGUGCCAGGUGGGCACAAGAAGGUCCUGCAGGCCAUGUGCCACUACCAGAAUUACAGCGCUGAGAGGGCGCGCUUCCAGACGUUAUUGAAUGAACUGGACAGAAGCACAGGGCGCUACAGGGAUGAGGUGAACCUGAAAACAGCCAUCAUGUCCUUCAUCAACGCAGUUUUGAAUGCGGGUGUAGGGGAGGACAACUUGGAUUUCCGCCUGCACAUAAGAUAUGAGUUCCUGAUUUUAGGAAUCCAGCCGGUAAUCGACAAGUUGAGAGGGCACGAGAAUGCAACCCUCGACAGGCACUUAGACUUCUUUGAAAUGGUUCGAAAUGAGGAUGAAUUGGAGCUUGCCAAGCGCUUUGAUAUGGUGCACAUUGACACCAAGAGUGCCACGCAGAUGUUUGAGGUGAUGAAGAAGAAGCUGACCAACUCAGAAGCCUACCCCUACCUGCUCUCGAUCCUUCAGCACUGUCUUCAGAUGCCAUAUAAGCGCAGCACAGGGACCCUGCAGCACUGGCAACUCCUCGACCGCAUCUUGCAGCAGAUCGUCCUGCAGAACGACAGGGGUGAGGACCCUGAUGUGGCCCCCCUCGACAACUUCAACGUGAAGAACAUCAUCCGCAUGUUAGUUAAUGAGAAAGAAGUGAAGCUAGAGAGAGACCGAGCAGAAGCAUUUAGAAAAGAACACGUGGAGCUGCUGGCCCGUCUGGAGAAGAAGGAGCGGGAGUGCGAGACCAAGACGCAGGAGAAGGACGACAUGAUGAAGACCCUCAACAAGAUGAAGGACAAGCUGCAGAAGGAGUCUGUGGAGCUGAGGCACGCCCGAGAGCAGGUGAUAGACCUGUCAUCCAGAAUCAACGAGCUAGCGGGUGGCACCAUCCCCUUCCCCCUAACCCCUUCUGCCCCCAGCGACCCCUUAGCCCCGCCUUCACCUCCCAUGAUGGGAGGAUUGCCCCCUCCCCCGCCCCCCAUGCCUUUCUCCUGUCCGCCGCCCCCUCCUCCCCCUCCCCCUCCCCCCGGGGCUCCUCCUUUCUUCUGCACUGGGGUCCCGCCACUCCCUGGACCCCUUGCCUUCAACAACACCACCAGCCUGAGGAAGAAGUGCAUCCCUCAACCAUCACACCCCCUCAAGUCCUUCAACUGGUCCAAGCUAGCAGAGAACAAGAUCAGCGGAACCAUCUGGCACGAGAUCGAUGACAUGCAGGUCUUCAAGGUUCUAGAUCUCGAGGACUUUGAGAAGAUGUUCUCAGCCUAUCAGAGACAACAGGAUCUGCUCACUAACCCCUCCUUCAGACAGCAAAAGGAGAUGGGCUCCAUGGACGAGCUUUACCUGACCACCCGGAAGGUCAAGGAGCUGUCUGUCAUCGAUGGGCGCCGAGCCCAGAACUGCGUCAUCCUGCUCUCCAAAUUGAAGCUCUCCAACGAGGAGAUCAGAAGAGCCAUCUUAGAAAUGGAUGAGCAGGAGGACCUUGCCAAAGACAUGCUGGAACAGCUGCUGAAGUUUGUUCCUGAGAAGAGCGAUAUCGACCUCCUGGAAGAGCACAAGCACGAAAUUGAGCGCAUGGCCAGAGCUGACCGCUUCCUCUUUGAGAUGAGCAGGAUUGACCAUUACCAGCAGAGGCUACAGGCCCUGUUUUUCAAGAAGAAGUUUGCUGAGCGUCUUGCUGAAGUCAAGCCCAAGGUGGAAGCGAUCCUGACCGCCUCGCGGGAGGUCAUUCACAGUAAGAGGCUGAAGCAAGUCUUGGAGGUGGUGCUGGCAUUUGGAAACUUCAUGAACAAGGGCCAGAGAGGCAACGCCUAUGGCUUCAAGAUCUACAGCCUUAACAAAAUCGCUGACACCAAGUCCAGUAUAGACAAGAAUAUCACCAUGUUGCACUAUUUGAUAAUGGUCUUUGAAAAGAGUUACCCUGAUAUCCUCAAUAUACAGCAAGACCUACAGAGGCUUCCAGAAGCUGCUAAAGUCAACCUGGCUGAACUGGAGAAGGAGGUUUACCACAUUAAGAGCGGCCUGAAGGAUCUUGAAGUGGAGCUGGAGUACCAGAAGAGCAGCGAACCGGAGAGAGGCGACAAGUUUGUGCCGGUGGUGAGAAACUUCAUCACGGUGGCCAGUUUCAGCUUCUCUGAGCUGGAGGAUCAACUGGGCGAGGCCAAGGACAAGUUCUCCAAGGCCCUGAGGCACUUUGGGGAGGAUGAGGGCCGCAUGCAGCCGGAUGAGUUCUUUGGGAUCUUCGACAUGUUCCUGCAGUCAUUCAGCGAUGCUCAGCAAGACCUGCAGAACAUGAGAUGCAAGAAAGAGGAGGAGGAGCGGCGCGCACGCAUGGAGGCCAUGCUGAAGGAGCAGCGUGAGAAGGAGCGGAGGCUGAAGAAGAUAAAGGCAGGCAGCAUCUCAGAGGAGAGUGGCGAGUUCGAUGACCUGGUGUCAGCCCUGCGCUCAGGGGAGGUGUUCGACAAGGACUUGUCCAAACUGAAACGCAACCGCAAGAGAUCGGGGAGCCAGCUAGUGGAGAGCAGUAGCCGGGAGCGCACCAUCACCAAGGUCAAUUACUGACCAGUGAGUGCCAAGCUCCCACUCUUUCAAUUAAUAUACACAGAUAUAUUAAUUGCAGGAGUAAACACAGGGCCACUUAAGGUAGAUUUUAACGUGCUUUCCUAAUGACUGUGGCCAGCCAAGCUGUCUUUUCACAGCCAGCCUGGAAUGUAAGAAAGAUUGGGAUCACUUUUCCAAGUGCCUCUGCUCCACAGAUUGCCAAGUGGAUUGACAUUUGUGGGAAAAAAUGACACUGCCAUUAAAGGAGCAACGACUUAUCAGAUUGAGGAUGCAAAGGGUCAUAUUUUUUCAAAAAGUGAUGACUUCAUACUGGCUCCACCCAGUGCCAAAGCAAAAAAAAAAAAUUAUAUUUAUACAGAGAGUUGUGAAGAUGUCACAGUCCUGUUUAUUUGUUCUUCAUUUUUGGUCAUCACUACCCAAUUUAGUGUUUUUAGAUGCUUGUGACUUGCUUUCUGCUGAAAGACAGUAUUUUCCCCUUUCAAGGUAAUUUCCUGGAAAGUUCUAAUUUGUUUGGCACUGGGGGAAUUGGCCAGAUACAGAAUUGUAAAUCUCUCAAUGCAGUCUGCCAUUCACCACACCGCUGAGAUAAAUAUGACUGCAUGUUGUGUGUGUGUGAACUCUGAAGGCAGGAGCAGAAUGUAAGAUCCUUCCAUUAACAGUACCAUAUUAAUCCAGCACUUCACUACAUUGCAUUGCUAGUUUUACGAGCUUUCUAGAAACCAAAAUUCUGUACAGGUAAAUGAUAAAAUAGUUUAGCACUUGACUAGCAAUGUUCCUCUGGUACUACUCUGUUGGUUGUCCCACCUGAUUAAAGUGGAAAUAUUUUACUUGUAUUCGGUAUACUACAUGUGUUGGCAGACUCCUCACGGUACUUUAUCUUAAGGCCUCCUAUAUAACAUUACCAUGAACAAUGACUUUCCACCACUGAAGAACCCCUCUGCAAGAACUUCUUGAGAAGUGCUUAGGAAACCUGCAUUCAGUCAGCUGUUAAUGAUCUUUAACAAGGCUGUGGUGGGGUUGGGGUGGGGUAUACAAGUGGUUUGCUAGUUCUGGUUAAAUCCAGUACAGGCAGACACCAUAUUGACACAAAGGAGGUAAAUGCAGUUCAGUUAUUAUUUUUGUUGUUAUCUGUUAAGAAGUUAUUUAGAGCACAUAACCAAAAGGGCUAAUUGUGAUAUGUCUAAGUACCUUUCACUGAAUCCUCCAGCAAAUCAUUUGCAAGUUUGCCUUUCUGUAGCACAGGCCUCUGGCGAGUAGGCCACAAGUGAACUCAAAAGUAAUUUGCAACAAGGACUAGUUACAGCAGCUAUCUAAGUUCCUUUUCUGAAACUGAGACAAAGCAUUGCAAGCUGCGUGAUGGGGACACAAAUUGUUGAGGAGAGAAUAUGGCAGCAAACUGUUUACUUUUAGGAGAUCAGACCUGCUCGUCCUGGAAAGGAAAGAGGAGAGCGAAACAGAUCAGAGAUUUCAGAAGAUACAGUCAUCUCCUAUUCUUUUGCUGUGUUGCAGUACAAGGUUAAGAAACACACGGUUCAGAGUUUGUGCACUGUCAUUAUGGGACAGUCUGAUUUGUCACCGCAUAGAAGGAAGGACCUCUGUCACCCACUAAAUACAAUGAAAUGGUCACAGUAAGAUGCAUUUCCUGUCAGAUGUUUUGAAUAUUCUGCCACUGGGUGUUGCAUUGAAUUUAAGAGGAGGUAAGCCAUUUUGAAUGCAUUCCUGAGUUGCGUCUGGCGUUUGUCUGUAUAAAUGGGUAGGUCCGCACCUUUUAAGCUUCUCUCAGGUUGUUUUUGAUACCCAUACAUUAGACCCCUGACAAAUGAAGAUACAAGCGGUAUAGCAAUAGCUAAUGGGGUUUCUCUCUUUUGUCAAUCAUGGUGGAGUGAAAGUUUGACCUUUUAUCAAGGGUUUUGGAUUUUGCUUUUUAAACCAAAGGCAGCACUCUGAAGAAAUUGCUGCCCCCAGAAAGAGGCUCCCUUCUGACAAAUUACUGCAGAACAGAACUGCCCUUUAGAGCAUGGAAAAGGUAUAAUCGCUGGCUAAUACUGGUUGCUACCUGGUGGUAUAAAGGGAAGAGAAAAUAGUGCACAUAAUUUAUUUGUACCAGUUAACUUUGUCGUAAAGACUAUUUAAUCAUAAUGGUUUUCCUUUCCCUGGCAAUAUCCCAUCCUAUCCUAGCAUUCCUGUGAGGGUAUAUAUUGCAAUAACCCUACAACCUACAUCUUUUCAGUGGUUUCUAUAGAGUAAUUAUAGGGGUUUUCCAAAUAUACAGGUUCCUUUGGUUCCGUCCAUAGAAACUGUUCAUGCCAAUGAAGAGAAGGAAGCAAGUGUAAUAAUUAGUUUCACUUUAGUUUUGCAAUAAAAUCAGUUGCACUGAAGCAAAUGUGGCCCGUGGGCUCCUGGUGAAGUAGACUAUCUGUAAGGGUUCACCCAAGGAGAGGCUCCCUGUUUGCUUCAAUCUGGCAUGGCACUAGAAGGACUGGCUCUUACCGUGCAUGGGGAUCCAUGCCCUCCCUGUAAUAAGCUAGUUGUGUUGCUGCACACAGCAGAUGGUUUGACGAUGAUCUCAGGAUAGAGUUGUGAUUUGCUGAAGGUGAAGGUCGCAAGUGUUUCAGAUUGUUUUUUUUACUGUCUUUCUUAGGGGAACAGAACACAUCUUUGAUAUAUUAUUUAUAAUAACAUAUUUUCUGGAUCUUAUUAUCAAUACAAGCAAGUGCUCAGUUGACAAUGAUAAUCCAAAAUGAUUGGGGACCCAGAUCGUGAUUUAGUAUCCGUAGCAUCAAUAUUGAUGCCUCCAUCCCAACCUCAGCAAUUAAUGACCUUGUCCAACCUUUGAUCCCUCUCUUGCACUUUAAAGAUGUCUGCUUUUCGUUUCUAAAGAUCACCUUCACUUUCCUGAAAUCAUUGUCUCCUAACUCAUCCCAGGGUCUACAUGGCCCUAGAAUCCCCCAAAAUGUCCCAACCUUCCUUUUCAGAUCAGAUCCGUUAGCUUUCAUGAUAGUCUGCAAGCCCCCUAUAUAUCCUCCUUCCUUCUUCACACUUUUUACUUGAAGCUGCUAGUCUUGCUGAAGAAAGUCUAACAUUCCCUUGGAUUGUUUUCUGUCAGCUGUGGCUUUAAGCUUCACCCAUUCAGACGACAGCCCAGGUGUUUCAGGAAAUACUUCAAUUACUCCAAAAUUAUUAUUAUUAUUAUUAUUAUUAUUAUUAUUAUUAUUAUUAUUAUUAUUAUUAUUAUUAUGUAUUGUUUAACCUUCAAGUGCCUAUUUCCUUUAAUACCAGUACCUUAUUGUUCUGUUGCUUUUUUGGUGAACCUUUUUAAACAGGGGCAGUUUUAAAGGGGUGCAACUGUUUUAUAAAGCGGGUACCUUGUUAUAUUUAAUCCAGAACACACCAAUGCCAAUGUAUACAUUGGUUCAUGGUACAGUGUUUAAUGAAGCCUCCAUGCAAGGACAUGUUGGACUCUAUUUUAAUGACUGAUCCCAAUACCACUGUUCUUUAACUCUAAAUCAGUCCAGCUGUGGUGUUCCCUCUGGGGUGAUUCAUAGAACCACUUAUUAGCAUUACUUCAUAAAAUAAAGUAAAAUGAGGUUCAGGGUUAUAAAUUGUAAGGCGGCAGUAUUAAGAUGCUCAGAUCAUAAAAACCAAAGACCUGAAGUUUCACUUAUCAAAGCAUCAACCCUGCCAAUUACAAGAAGAGAAUGUCCCCAGAAUUGAGGUUUAUUAAUUACGUUUAUCACUGACCAAUACAGAUGGCAUAUUCCUGUCAGAUUCCUGAUUUUCUCCUUCAGGAGAAAAACAAUGGGUUCAUAAGACAGGUGUGGAAGUAAAGCAUGGACUAAAGCAUUGAAGCAUGAAACAAAAUGCAGAUUGUUAAUCAUUCAUGAUGAGUUGCUGAUCCUAGCUAGAAGGGGAGAUGCUGUUUGAGAUCUGUUUGUUUUCGACAAUCUCUCUUACGGUUAGGAUCAGCUUGUCGCUUUCCAGGUACACGUGUUGUGUGUUUGUGUGGGAUUGUUUAUUGUUCUAAAUCAGUGCCAUCGAGAUGGUUUUUAUUCAGUGUUGUGUACACGUUAAAAAGUCAGUCUUAUAAAAAUGAAAAUGUAUAUAACAAUGUAAUAUAAUUUUUGAAGUACAAAACUAAAUAAAAAGCACAAUUGCAAAAAAAAAAAUUAUGCCAAGGGCUACUGGAGGCAGGAAAUGGGUGACUGUGAAACAGACUUUACAGAAAAAUAUAAUUAUCCCAUUUAUUGAACAUCGGCACUGAGGUGAUGUGUAAAUAUCAAUAUACAUUGCUGCUAUUUGACUAUCUAUACAAGAGCAUGUUCCCACUUUGACUUUAAUCGUGUGCCAAUCUAGAAUGUACUUAGAGUUCCAUAACUUCAUGUGUGAUUUUAACAUUUUGUAGAUCUUUCCCUUAAACUUGUGGAUCAGUUUUGAUGCUCCAAUUAGUUUCAUAUAAACUCUUUUGGCCCCACUUGCUUCUAUACUAAACUAUAGAACAGGUGUGGACAGUAUUUAAAACGAUAUACUCUUUGAUGAGGUGACAUAACAAUUUAUAACCAUAUGCAUAUAAUCCUGCAUACAGCGCCAUUGUUUAGCCAUAGUUGAGAUGAGAGCAUUAAACAACUCAUACAGUAUCUGGCACAAUUAAAUUAAAACUAUAAUACAUUAACUAAAUCUCUAGGUAACGUAAUAAUUAUCAGAUUUUAUAUUUGUAUGUAUUCUCUUAGACUGGUUGCACCCCUCUACAGCUCACCCUAAUUUGAAGCAGUUGGUCUUAUUAAGGGUUAAUAUUUUUUUUUAAGCCAACUAUUAUGAAAGUUGUACAGUUCUGUAUGUAUUGUACACAGUUUUAAUUGUUAAAAUAAAGUUAAGGAAUGUCUAAGUAACCUGUAAAUCAUA